UGGCCGAACAAAACUACACCAGAUACCGAUGUUCGUCAUUCGUUGUUUAGACCAUCUCUAACCCGUAACCCUUACAUGAAUAGACCGUAUAAGAAUGCAUUGCGUGCCGUGUCCCGUGGCACGACACACCUGGCUUAAUUAUACCUAGCAACGAACAAUAACAAUGGGAGGGGUGGGAAGUCAUCCCGCCAGGGCCAUGUCACUGUCCGCGCUGUCGUCUGCAGUGUGUUAGUAGUACUGUCUGUAGUUUUUAGGUCAUUUGAGUUGUUGUCUGAACAAGCACCAAGGUGUUCGUGUUGUGUAGGAGGGGAGUGUUUACUCUGUGACAUCACGUCGAAAGUUUAACACGCCGACUAAAGUACGCAGAACAGACUACGCAGUGUUGGGGGCUAGCUUCAAUCUCAGUCGCUGAGUCGGUUAUAAUGUUUAUGUUGAAGACAAGUACGAAGUGAUGGGCUCUGCACCGACCAAGCCAGCCGGCGGGACGGACGACAGGGCGCCGGUAGUGUUGAGCGCCGCGCAGGCGUCCGUCAAGUGGAGGGGGAGGGCCGGAGUACAGGACGCCCAAUCCAAGAUGGCGGCCUCCACCACAACAAAACAACAGAUUGCGGAGACAGACGACGAGAAACAGGCCCGCCUGUUAGAACAACACCCUGAGAUGAAACCCAUCCUCAGGAUAAUGGACAGGGGCGUGGCGCAGGUGAGGGAAAAGAAAGGCGACGAAGCCAGCAUCGGCGACGUGUACGAACGAAUCGACAACGACAUCGACGAUCCUUACUGGAACUACCAAGGAAAGAUUCAAAGGCAAAUCCAAGGUGAACACCUCACCAAGCUCGGAGCGGCUGGCGUCUUUACGGACUACCUCAAAUUCCUCAAGUCCACCGGGAACAUCUUUAGUGACGAGACCGUAUGGGAGUGCUACUACGCCAUUAGAAACUGUUGCUGGAGCUUUUCUGAUGCGAGUUUCAACUUUGCAAAGAGACUGGGGAAGGCCGGACUGUUUCCGAUGCUCAUAGAGGAAUUGAAGGAAUACAAGAAAUCGUUUGAGUCAAAUGAGGCACAAAAUUGGCUGGUGAGAUGUUCGCUGGGAAUCCUGCACAACUGCGCCAAGGUGCUGGAGAACAGAAUCCUGCUCAGACAGCUGGGGCUGACCGACUACCUCCUACCCUGGGUCAGCACGUCAGACGAGGAGCUCAAGACCGUCACUGUCAUGACUCUGGCGUACAUCGUCGGUGAGGAGGACAAUGACCUGAUCAUGGCGGACGACAGCGUGAUCGGCUUCAUCAUGACGGUGUUUAAAGAGGCGGUGGACAGCGAGCUGAUGCGGUCUCAGGGCUUCUCGGCCAUGGAGAUGGCCAUGGGCAUCAGUCAACUGGCACAGAACGACGACAAUAAGGUUCUGAUCGUGGAGAAGGGCGCCCUCCCGCUGCUGGUACAGCUGAUGGAGACCGGGGAUGAGGAGGAGCAGGAGCAGGGCGCCAAGGCCGUGUGGCAGCUCGCCUUCCACGACGACAACAAGGACAAGAUCCGGACCGAGCCCAGGCUCAUGCACCAGCUCAAACGGUUGAAAGACAGCAAGAACCCAGAGAUUGCGAAGGCAGCUAACGGGGCUUUGUGGGUGCUGGAUAAACAAGCAAGAGAGGAAAAGGCAAAAGAGCUGACAGAAAAGUCGGAAGAGUCCAGCCUAGAAGACUACCAAGAGGGUAGCGGGCCACACGUCAUGAUUAGCUACCAAUGGGACCACCAGAAAACACUCGUCAAGGUGAAGGACCGUCUGCAGUCGUACGGGUACCGGGUGUGGAUGGACCUGGAGCAGAUGGGCGGCUCCACGCUGCAGGCCAUGGCGGAGGCGGUGGAGAACUCCGCAGUCGUGCUCAUCUGCAUGUCUCAGAAGUACAAGGAGAGUCCCAACUGUAGAACAGAGGCGGAGUAUACCUUUCAGCUCCGUAAGCAGAUCGUUCCUCUGAUGAUGGAAGGGAAAUACAAGCCGGACGGCUGGCUGGGCGCCAUCUUGGGAGCCAAGCUGUACUUCGACUUCAGCGCCCAACACAAGUUUGAAGACUCUAUAGGAAAACUCAUCAAGGAGCUAGGACAGAGAGGCAGAACAGCCCAGCUGGUGCAAAAAGUGGACGCGAUGGAGGUGGGAGCGGGAGGGGCAGGAGCAUUACCCAUCAUGCCCCCUGCUAAACCCCGCGUGUUGGACUGGAAACAGGCGGAUGUGGACAACUGGAUAACGGAGAACCAACUAGACAAGAACGUCCUACGAGAGCUGACAGGACCACAGCUACACUUCCUACAGUCACUAAGAGGAGAGGCCCCGGAGUUCUUCUACCAGUUCAUCACCAACAGACUGCGGCUCACAAGUCUGGACCAGAUCAUGAGAUUCACGAGCGCGCUGAACGGUCUGGACGACUGAAUCAAACACAGUGUGCCUUACGUACAGUUCUCAUCUCAGGGGCGAAAUAUCAAAAAGGAGAAUCCCAAAGUAGGGAGGAAUGCAAUAUUUUUGCAAAGUAAACCUAGGUUUGCACUGUGUACAUAGUUUGAAUUAAAUGCAUCUACUGUACUUGGUGACAGCGAGUUCCACUCUGCGAUAGUUCUAGGAAAGAAUGAGU